CCUUGCCUGUGGCAGGGGGUUGGAGCUUCAUGAUCCUUGAGGUCCCUUCCAACCCUGGCCAUUCUGUGAUUCUGCGCAGUUUGAUUUGCUUGUGUGAUGAGGUGGUGAUUCUUCCACAGUGCUGAAUGUUGUCAUGCUGUUUGAGGCUGUGUGUUAGAGAAGUUUCACGUUUGCAAGAGGAGUAUUUUCUGUCUCUGCUUUGCAGACCUAAUUGUGUAGGUCUGAUGGAUGGCUGAGAGCUUCCUUUGUCACUUGGAACCUCUGCUGACUUUUUAGAAGCGCAGCAGCGGAUGCAAACGAGUGGCAGAUACUGCAAUACUGUAGCCGUGAUCAAACACACGCUUACUGUGUGCUUUAACUUGUGCCUUAGUUGUAUCAAGGCUAUUUAAAGAGACUUCUGAAGGCUACUGCUGAUUGAGCAAGGCCGUUUUGUUUGUUUGUUUUACUUCCCUGUGAAAUUUGAGGGUGGAGGAGGAGGAGAAACAGAGAAAACAAAGGAAAAUCAAGGAGGUUUGAGUGCCUUUUUUUAAGGAAAAAGGCCAGGUUUUCCCAGUGGAUGCAUUUCCCCUCUGAUACAGCAGUGGCUUUCUUCCAGCUUUCCUUCAAAAUAAAAUGUUUAUGCUCUGUCAUGGAAUGCCAGGUGACAAAAGAUGAUAGGAAAGCAGACGCCGUGUUGCUGUUGUUUGUUUUUCCCCACCUUAAAUCAAAAUGAGGGAAGCUGUAACUGGAUGUGUUCUUCGUCCGGCAGCGUGGUUGGUUCUCCUCACCCAGUUGGUCUCUGAGGCCUUUUUCUUUUUCUUUUUAAACCACCUGUAAUGAAUACAUCUACAGAGGGUGGAAAGGAUGAUAAACUGCUCACUUCUCCUGAGCUGCGUGAAGCCAGCAGUCCUGGUCUUACACCUUUAUCAUGAAGCACAUCACUCAUACGUCUUUAAAUACAUUCUGAAAGGCACUUGUGGCAAAUCCAUGCUUUUGUAUGUGGCUGCAGGAGGAAAACCAUUUUUAAUACCCUGCAGCUUCUGAUUAUGGCAGGAUGCAUUUUGUUUUCGUAUAGUGGGGAUUUAGAUAUCCACAGAUGUUCUGGUUUGUAAUUCCUGUACAGCUGCACCUCAGCACAGUGUUAUUUCACAGCUGUGCUGCUGUUUUAUUGGCUUGCUUCUAAUGAACUGCAAUCUUGGCUCCAUGGAACUUAAGCUCGUUGAUAUUUGGUUGCUCAUGUCAUGUGCCCAUAAAAUUUGUAUUGUAAAGAUACUGAUGUAUUGAGAUUUGUGUGCUUGAGGUGCUCAAACAGCUCAUGUGGAACAAAGUUACAAAGUUUUCUCCAUGGUUCCCUAAGAAAUGCUGAUUGCAAAGCUUAUAUCUCAUCCCUGGAAAACAAACAAACAGCAGAUAAUCCAAUUCCAGCCUAAUUUGAUGGGGGUAUUAAUCUUCAAAAUGUUACAUGGAAGGUUUUGAGUAGUUUCUUUUGGUUUUGAAACCUCUGUGUGUGUGUGUAUAAAGAAGAGGAAGGCCUUUGCAGUGUCUGCACUGAAAGAAGAAACAGUGGUAAUUGUGCUCGUGUUAGAUGCCAGCAACGUGUGCGUGGAACUGAACCUGAAGGUGGAGAACUGCAGAAAGCAAGCUCCCUUGGUUCUGCUGUGCACAGAACAGGCUCGUGGGCUGCAGGCUCCUGCUGCACUGCUGAAAUCCUCACCUGCUUCGUGUUUGCCCCUCUCUGUUCUUGCUGUGUUGUGUGUCCAGGUAAAUGGGAGGACAGAAAGCAGCGUGAAAACUUUGAAAGGCAUUCAGAAGUCCAAGUAGGUCAUUCAUUGCUGAAGCAAUGGUCAGGGCAUUAGGGAUGAGAUCUCCUAUUUAGCCUCUUUUUCACUCUUUCUUGGCAUGCAUGCUGAAAGUUUGGCACUUGUCCACUUGUUUGGCGCUUGCCUGAAACAAUGGAGAGUAAACUGAGCUGUUAUGGAAUAGGAACACAGCCUUGAUGAGGCUGCUGAAAGCCCCUUUAUCCCUCCUGUCAGAGCGGGUGGCUAAGUCACACAGAUCAGAAAUCUUACAAACUCCUUUGCAUGGGUGAGGAUGGUAGGAUAUAGUUUCAAGCUGCCUUGUUCUCCCGGUUCACUGCUGAAAGGUUCUCCCUGAUUUCUCCUAUGGACAGCAUGAAUCAUCUCCGAUCUAGUUUGUGUUACUGGAAGAUGAGCAAUUAAGUUGUUUAGAUUUCUGGACUUCUGCUUGCUUCUGAUAACACAGUAUCAGAAAACAGGGAGGGAUUGAGCAAAGGUGAUGGCUGAAUAGAACAAAGCAGCUCAGGGCAGGCGACCUCUGCUGUACUCCAAGUGCUUUUUCUGCACGUGGUUUGGCCAAAGUAGGGCCCGUCUAAACAGAAAAGAGGAGUUGAAGACCUGACAAGCUCUAUGAAAAUGAGGUUAUCAAAGGGCAAUGAUCGAAGUUAAAUCCACCCAGAAGAGGCAUUUGGUGUUAAGGCAGCGAGGGCAGAGACAUCCUGCUAAGAAAUAGUUCCCCAUUCCGAGAAUUUUUCAAAGUGCAGGAAGUAUUAAAAAAAACUGUAAGUCUAGAAAGCCCCAAAAGAGCUCAGGUUCUUCUUUAUUCUCUUUUGUCAUUUAUUUUUUUUCUCCCUUCUCUCACUGGAGAGGGAAUUUCUUUCAGAAGUACUGAAGAGAAGGUCUAGAAGUUGUUUCUUUCCCUCAGCAAUGUUUUGAUGUAGCAUGAAGUUCAGUGAUGUUGCUUAUGGUGGCUGUGGGGAUGUGGAGCCCAGGGAGUGAAUUUCCCCAGCAAGUGUCCCACCUUACAGGAGCAGAGCUGUCCUCACUAAGGAUGGCAGAGAAUGUGGAAUGAGGUCAGAACAGCUCUGCAGACAAUGCCUCAACACGCAGAUUGAGAUCUUGCACAUUCCAAAGGAAGCACCAGGUGUGCAGACACACAGCUUUGCUGUAUCCUCUGAGAAGAAAACUAACCUGACCUGGAAUGCCAGUUUGGAAAUUCAGAGACACUGAUGAAGAAGAAAGAAAGAACUCAUCUGUGUGCUUUUGUACAGCGCUGCUUUGUGGGGUGCUGGAUUUCAUGUUUGUUUUCUUGAUUUCUUCACAAUGAUUCCCAUUCUGCCAUAACUGUUAGGGCUCUUCGUGUUCUGAUGAUCUCCUGCCUAAGCUGUAAUCAAGGUGCGUUCUCUGGCACGAUGAAGCAACCAGAAUUACUUCUCUCACUACUUUGGACUUUCUGUUGACUCCUUUCCCUUGCCAAGUAACCUUUAAACUUCACUUUGAAGCUUGUGCCUAACUUUCUGUUUCUAUAUUUUGAGCCCUAUUCUGAGCCUUGCUUUUGAUGUGUUCAUCUGUAUUUCCACCCCCUCUCCCCCCUUUUUUUUUUCAGUUCUCCUUUUUUACCCACUGUAUGAGGAAUUUCACUCUCUCUACACCUGCUCACAGCCUGCAGCUUUCUCAAUGGUGUCAGCUGCCUUCUACAUUUUCUUUUGCUUAAUUUCUCUGAAUUCAGUAUUUUACUGCUAAUUCCUGUACCUUGGUCUGCGUUUGUUUCUCUGUCUGCAAAUGCCACACACGAUUCCUUUCAGCUAAGAGGACUUGAAAGGAGCCCUGCAGGGACGCAUACUUAAGAGCCCACAGGUUCUUUAAUCACCUUUGUGUAAUUCAUACUUAGCCUGGUGCUUUGGCACAUUUGCAUGGAGUUGCUUCCUGUUCCAACUGUUGCUCUCCUAAAAAUUAAAGCUCUAAUCAAGUAAUUCAAGCAAUUAAUGCAAUAAGAGCAUUCAUCCUCCCAGCUUUUUGUUACCUUACCACUGCGUUCCAAACUGAAAGCUCCAAUGACCUCUUAAAUAAAGACCCAACAAAAAUCAUCUUUGAUUUGAGAACUUUUUAAACGAGAUUGAAUCAGGCUAUUCAUGUAACGACAGCAUGAGGUGACGUGACAUCAUGGUGCACCAGUAUUUGAAACUGCCUAUGUUGUGUUUUCACUACUGGCGCGGUGACCUUCUGCAGUAUCAGCGUCUGCUGCGGGCAGAUCAUGAUGCAAUUCUGGGCUGCCUGGCCUUCCUGUGAGACAUUCUGUUUGAAAAUGAAUAGGUGAGCCCUCGGGGGAGCUCGUGGUUUGUGUUUCAAAAAGAGCAAUAGCAGCAAUGGGGCUCCUCUGCUCUGUGGUUCGUUUCCACCGUUCCCCCGCUGCCUUGGCUGCACCAGAGCUGCUGGUACUGCUCGGUACAGCGGAUGGCAGCACUGCUCAGCCUUCCCGGGUCACUUCAGAAGGUGGCAUGCUGCCUGCUGCGCUGGGACACGGCCCUGGGGAUGUGUGAGGGCUGUGAUGGUGACCAGUGUGUCAGAGCAGAUUGUGGUCUGCCCACAAGGGGGAGCGGAAGCUGAAUUAGGACAGUGGGCUACAGCUGCAUGGUUAGGUACAGCAAUGUUAUGGCAUUCAGAUACAACCCUUUUCUUUUCACAGUUGUGCAACACUUUGACCCUCUGUGCUAGGAGCAGUGUUCAACCUAUUUGUGGUAACAUGCUAAAAAUGUUUAAUUUCUAAUGCUUACAGCAGUUUUAUUUUUAAUAGACUUUUAACCUUGGGUUUUGCAAAAUGCACUGAAUGUUUUUAAGCCUCUAAUUUGACAGAUUUUACUUUUUUUUUUUUUUUCCUUCUAGCCCCAUUAAAUGAAAAUCUUGGUGCAACUGACUGGGAAUAAUAUAUGCAGUCCUGCUGUUGGCUCUUGCUGGACUUUGUAGCUGGGUAAAGAAUGCAGACUAUAAAGUGCGUAGUUGUUGGAGAUGGCGCCGUGGGAAAAACUUGUCUUCUCAUCAGCUACACCACCAAUGCCUUCCCAGAAGAGUACAUCCCUACUGUGUUUGACAACUACAGUGCCCAAAUGACUGUCGAUGGCCGGACGGUUAGCCUGAAUCUCUGGGACACUGCAGGCCAGGAGGAAUACGACCGUCUGCGCACGCUCUCAUAUCCUCAAACCAAUGUGUUUGUCAUCUGUUUCUCCAUUGGCAGCCCGUCUUCCUAUGCAAACGUGAGGCACAAGUGGCAUCCUGAAGUUUCUCACCACUGUCCUAAUGUUCCCAUUCUUUUAGUUGGCACGAAGAGAGACUUGAGAAAUGACCUGGAAACAGUUAAAAAGUUAAAAGAGCAAAGCUUGGCUCCCACUACCCCACAACAGGGGACUUCGCUGGCUAAACAAAUUGGAGCAGUCAAAUAUUUGGAGUGCUCAGCAUUGAAUCAGGAGGGUGUUCGGGAGGUGUUUGCUGAAGCUGUGCGUGCAGUUCUUUAUCCUGUGACAAAGAAGAACACAAGGAAAUGUGUCUUAUUGUAGUUACCUCGGCUGAUGGAUGCUCAAAGUUGAAUAGUGACUAGAAUUUUGGAGGGCUUUUUAACGUGUUAAAUUGAAGAUUUGCAUCUUGCACUAACAGCUCUAAGCAGAAACGGUUUAUGCAAAGAAUAUUCUUGCAGUCUUAUUGCUUCAGGGAAACUGAAACAGAACUUUUUUUUUUUUUUCCCCAGCAGAGAGGUCAAAUAUAUACUUAAGUUCUGAAGUUCCAGUCUCCAGCUUCUCCAGGGGUCACUUGGCUUCUGUUCUUACUUAGUGGAGGGAAACAAAGGAAGGGACUUCUCUGAAGCCCAACUUCUUUACUUUAUAGCCACCAGUUGUUAGAUUUGCUGGAAAGCACAAGUUCUGAUAACUUUGCUUUAAGUCUAGGUGCUGUUUUUCCCAUUUCUUAUUUACAGAUCAAACUGGUUUGACAAAUAGAAGCCUGGCAUUUGUUGUAAUUUGCCAAUUCAGAACUUGAAAACAAUUUGUUUACAUACAAAAAUGCCAGAAAUAUUACUGAGAUUCACCUUGAAGUGAACUGUGAUCAUUUAUGUGAAGAGUUAACAGAGAUCUAAUCCAAUAAGCAAAGACCUAGGCAACACCUGCAAGUAUUUUGUUAAUAGAAGCAAAUUCCUAUUGUAAGGAACUUAGGAUAAUGAUGAAUCACUCAAAUGAGAGAUUUUAGUGCUGUUGAAAUGGAGAGCAGAUUAGGUGCAAGCCUUCCAUAAUCUCCUAAACCAAGUUAAGGUUUUAUUUCACUCUUCAAACAGACUUUACACCCUGAGAAUAAAGUUAAAAUUAUCUUCCUGGGCUGACUGAGAUAGUUGAGAUGACACUUAUUCUCAAAGUGAGUUUUUUCAGUGUGAUUCUGCUCUCCCUUUGAUGAUUCCCAGAGACUCGGGUACAAACCCAUUUGUUCUUGAAGAGUUCAUUGUUUCACUUUAUCUUCUUGGAGUCACCACCUGACAUUUCAUAGCAAAUCCUUGUGUUCUUUUUUUUUCUUUUCUUUUUUUUCUGGGAGAUCAUUGACAGAAAAUGUGGAGGUUUCUGUUUACAGGGAACAGAAACAUGGGUUUUUUUUCUAACAGUUCCAGUUAAGUUUGCCAUGGUUAGUGAGUCACUGGAUAGAUUUACCUGGGCAAUUUUCUCCCCCCUGCUGGGUAACCAGUUAGUGUAAACUGUUUUAAUGGAAGUUCUAUUUAUGUACUUCUCUAACUUUCUCUAGCAGCUCUUGUGAGUGGCAGCUGGCUGUGAUUUUCAGGAUGUACACUGUUAGUUGUGUGUGAUUCUGGGACCAGCUGAGGAGUGAGUGCAUGAAACCUUCCUUAGUCUUAACCUUAGAGCUUGGUGGCAUGAAAGCAGCAUGCUUCAAAGAUGCUUUGUAUGAAACCAGUGGUGCUGGACUGGGCUUUGUUGUCUGAGGUUGACAGUGCUGUCUUUGUCCAGAUGCAGCCUCCAUUGGUCAUUCAGAACUUGCAUCCUUGUGAUUCUCACACAUGCGAAACUGCACUGUGUAUAUCCUGGGCAGGAAAAAAAAAGCCUAAUUUUAGCAAGAGAACAGGAAAUAUAUCAACAAGGUUAUUAGGGAUCUUGAGUUAAUCUGACCUUGCUUUAUCUGAUACCAAAAAAAAACCAAAAACCAACCAACCAAAACCCAGAACAAGGGGUAGAUAUGUUCAUAUUUGUGCCCUAAUUCCCCUCUCCGAAGAGGAUGUGCCUUUCUUCAGCUGGUGUAACUGAUGCUGACACUAACUGCAACUCUUAUGUAUCUAUUUGCUCAUACAAAUACUGCUUCAGCAAACUGCAACCCCAUAGGUAGCAACUGCAGUUAACCCAAAUGUAUGUGGCUGGUAAAGCACCACUGAGUUCCUAACAUUGGUAGGCAACACCCAGUUGCCUGUCAUGCAUGAAUGUUUGCAGAAACCUGGAGACUUCUGCGUGGUUUUCUUCACCAGGUGUCGUUGUCUGGGAUGUCUGUGCUCCUUUUGCACUUGCAGAAGUGCUGUUCCAGAUGUGGCUCUGCCUGCAGGAGGGAGCAGGAGUAUUUCCAUCAGGUGACCUCUACUCACCACGUUCUGCCUGUUAGUAGUAGGCCUUUAGCGUGGGCUUGACGUGCUGGCAGCAAUUAAUCCUGUGCCUUGUAAUGCAAGAUUAUUUUCUGUAGGUAAAUUUCAGUAACUGAGUAAAUAGAGUUUAUCAUGUUUAAAAUAUAUUUAUUUAAGCCAGUGCACAUGUCUUUGUAAUGCUGGUCAGGCCUUUAUCAUCAGUCUAGUUAUCUUGGUGCAAGCCCGUAACCUUUGCUUAACUCAGAUGUACUUUAACAACUUUGUGAUAUGUUUUAACUGCUCUUAAAUAGGCUUUUAAUGUCCACAACAGGCACCUCUUUUUAUUUGCAAUUUUGUACUGAAGCUACUACUGUUUUUUAGAAGUUUUUACUUUUUUGACGUACUGAAAUCUCUUAGUUCUGCUAUUCGUGGCUGGGUGGCAGUCACUGUGCAGGUGAGGAGCUCUGGUUGCACACAGCCCAUUUCUGUGGGCUCGCAGAGCAGCCGUCCUGGUGUGAACUGGAAGAGGGUAUGGUGUGCUGAAAUCCUCCUGCUUAACCAAUUCAUUUCAAUGGGUUACGUUAUUGAUGAUGCUGUUCUAGAACGCUCUAUCCCCAUCUAGAUCACUUAAUGAAAAGAUUGCACAGCAGUACUGAGGAGGUGGACACAACGGCGGUGGAACUGAGCAGAAAGUGAACUUGGAAGGACUUCAGAGACUUUUUCCGGAUUUCAGAGUACCUCAACAGCAGUCCUUUAGGUGCCUUGCAUGUCUGUGCCUUCCUGUUGGGAGCAAAACUCCUGCUGGUUGACAGCUCGUUAUUCCAGCAUCUCUUCUUCAUGAGAAUGACCUCCAGCAGCACACAGAUGCACUGAGCUUUUCCAUUCAGUGGGCAUUGUCUCCGUUUAGGAUCUUUCUUUUUUUCUUCCUCCACCUCUUGGUGCAUUUUAUUGUACGUAGUGCAGUGCUUCAGUCUACAAUCCAUUCCCUCAGCUCCUCAGGCAUUAUUUUUCCUGUGGACAGCUGACAACCACAUCUCACACAAUCACAUGGCUGCGCCCUGUUGGCAGCAGGUCGGGAUACCCCAAAUUGAGUUUCCCACACCAUUCAAGAUUUGUGUUUACUUCAUGGAAACGCUCUCUGAAUGCCAUCGCUCCCCAAGAGGCUUCAUGUCAGAAGACCAAUUUUAGUCUUUCAGCUCGCAAAUCAUUCCUUUAACACUCAGCAUCCUUGCAGUACAGCUGUGGCCGUGCACGCCGCCUCCAGCAGCUCAGCAGUCGCGCUGUUCUGAGGGCGUUCGGAUGGAGAAGUGCUUUCUUGGUUUACAGCCGUAGCUCUUUCUGUGGGAUUUAUGCUAGAGCAGCCUCACUGCUUGAGUGCUAACCACGCUCUGCGGGACCCCGGUGCUGCGCUGGGCUCGCCUGGAGGAGCGGGUGCUGCGGGCUGGCCGUGCCCCGGCCCCGCGCCUCUGCGUCUGGUACUGAUACAUACACUGGCGACUUGAUUUUAUACUAUAAAAGGAUUUGUAUUACAGCUAACAGUUUUAAAAGAUUUUUCGUUUUUAAAUUAUGCAAGAAAAAAAUUAAAUGGUAAUAAAGACCUUCCUCAUCCA